AUGGCCAACUAUCAACACCAAUAUGCCCAACCAGCGACCGAGUACUCAGUCCUUCCUGAGGUAGCUGACAACUCAACAAGCGCUCCCGAGGUUGUGACACAGAAUCACACCAGAGUAGGAGGCGGAGGAGAAACGGCGGCCUAUUCUCCACCAGCGUAUGAGCAAGGGUUCAAGCCUUACAGUGAAACAGCCACAGCGGUGGCCGCUGUGCAGCCUGUGGCUCCCGAGUUCUCGGAAACAGCAUCUCCAGGUCCAAACAAAAAGGUCACGAUCCUGUCGGUCCUGGUUGGCGUUCUCGCGGUAGCGGCGAUCGCAUUGGCAGCAACAACGGGGCUGAUGGCCAAGAAAGCAAACGACAAGGAUGCACAAAUCGCGAGCAUGAGCGCUGAACUUCAGACUGUUCAGUCGUCAUCCGACGGCAGCAACAGCAGCAACGAAGUGGCAGCAUCAGAAAAGGAGACCGUGACAGUCACAGUGGCUGCGCCCAGUGCUACGGGAACUGGCUCGUCUGAUGGCUCUUCUUCCACGUCUGCUUUCUUGAUAGAGGAUGUCUCCAAUGGAUGCAAUGACCGACCAGAGUCAUUUACCGGGAAGGAUUACACCACCAGCUUGUACGGCAAUGUUGUGUUCAGACGGUACUGCAACCAAAAGACCACCUCUGUCCCUAUCUACGCAAUGCACACCCCCGACUUUGAAACAUGUCUGGAGGCGUGUGCAAGCUGGUCCCAGGCUUUGCCCUACGCCUUCUCGGAUGUUUCUGACAAGAACAGGGUCAAUGUGACGUGCUCUGCGGUCAACUUUGUGCCAAAAUGGACGGACAAGAAGGAGUCGGCAAGGAAGCAGUCGAGGGGAAACUGUUACUUCAAGAGCGGCGAGCAGACCGAGGAGAAGAGCUUGAGAUCCAGCAUAGGUGACACUACGGUCAGCCACGCCGCCAUUGUGAUUAAGCAGGCUGCCAAGAAGGACUGAUAUUCUUCUGUUUCCUUUUUUUGGGGGGGCCUGGUUAACUCUUUGGGAGACUUUGGGUGUAUAUACCUUACUUCAAUGUAAUUUAUAUUCCGUUUUUUUUUUUUGUUCUUUUUUCUUUUUCUUGUUUGUUUUUAAGGUUGUAAUUAG